CGCGACCCUUCCCCGCCGCCGUACACGACUGGCACCCAGCAGACCAGACCCACCCACACCACCGACCCUGCCGCGCGCCCUCCUUCCUCUUCUGAUGCUAGUAGUAGUAGGACCGAAUGACCGAUCCCAUGUCCGACGGCGGCGACGGGCAGCAGCGGCGGCGGCAAUGCCGGCGGGGCAUCGUCACGCCCGACGUCGAGCUCGGCGCCGCGCUGGCGCUCGCCGACAUGGCUGCGGGCAGUAGCGCCGUGCAGAUGACUGACGACGAGGAGAUGGCGAGCACGAGGCUGAGCCUCCAGCUCGGCAGGGUCGGCGUCCACCAGUCACCGUCCUGCUCCAGCAGCUCCAGCGCCGGCCGCCCGUCCGCCGCGCCCGGUGGUUCCGGUGCUGCUGCUCAUCACGGGCCCCGGCCCCGGCACAUGCUCACCGAGGCGGAGAAGGAGGAGAAGCGGCUGCGGCGUGUGCUCGCCAACCGGGAGUCGGCGCGGCAGACCAUCCUCCGCCGUCAGGCGAUUCGAGAUGAACUGGCAAGGAAAGUUGCAGACUUGUCGUCGCAGAACGAGACCAUGAAAAAGGAGAAGGACGUGGUGAUGAAGGAGUAUCUUUCACUGAAAGAGACGAACGAGCAGCUGAAAGCGCAGGCACACCACCUCUCGCUUUCGCUAUUCUAAGCCUAGCAUAGCAUUAGAUUAGAUUUCCUCCUUAUUGUAAGGCUUAAUAUAAUAUAGUACUAGUAUCAUUGUUAGGCCAAGCCAACAGGGGCCUAGCAUGUUCCAAAAG